UGUUUUCAAGUCAAUGGCAACGCAUUUUGUAUAGAGCAUAAAGAAGUGUUAAUUGUUGAACCAUUUGCAUGCAUUGUGCUAUACCUCGGAUCCAAAGAUAAACGUACAAAACACGAGCAGUGAACGAUUAGUAGACAAACUGACAACAUACAUACACGGUGUACAGAUUAAAUACGAAAUUCGCAAUGAUUUGGUGCAUAAAAAAACGUUAAAUAAUUUUUUUGGAGAAAAAACAAUUAGUUGUUGCUUACGAUAAAUAUUGAAGGAGAAGAAUAAAAUUAGUUUUAGCAAGUAAAACCAGUAUAAAAAUACGGAGUAGUUGCGGUAUUUGGAAAGCAGUAGCCGAAUAAAACGCAUCGACAUGAUUAUAUCACAGAGAACAUUUGUUUUAUUGAUAUUGUUUGGCGUGACGAAUGUGCGGUGUGAGUCGACAAAAUCAGAUGUGUUAUCAUAUUUGAAUGUGUUGGCCUGUACGAUCAACCAGCAACCGUGGGAAUGUGUUUAUCAGCGUUCGGGUCGAUUGUUCGAUAUCAUAGAUGAUGCUCUAGUGGAAAAAGUGAACGAGCUAAAAGCUGAAGCCGAUGUCGAGUUCGCAUCGAAGUUGAACGCGCGUGGUAUGAGCGAUACGGAAAUUUCUGGGCUGGAGAAACCGUCCACAAUGCUCUCAUCUCUCGAAGACUACAUGCGAAGUGUGUUCAAAAGCGUUUCACCACAUGCAGUGAGCGAGGAUUCGGAGGAGGGCCGAAAAAUGAAGGACAAAAAAAAGAAGAAGAAAAAGAAGCCCGAGGUGGUCGAGGUGAUCCAAUAUCAGAAGCCAGACAUUUAUCAGCUCGUCGAUGAAAUUCCAGACGUAACACACGGUCACGGUGGACACUUUGGACAUGGUGGUCAUCAUGGCAUGAUGGCUCACAUUGGAGGCGGAUUACAUAAGAAAAAAUACGGUAGAAGCAUUGGAGGUUUAAAAACGAUUGAAUUGUUGGCGAAAUUGGGAUCAUCACAUGGAAAAAAGGUCAAAGGCAAGAAGAAGAAGAGACGAGCACUCAUGAAAUUGCUCUUAAUCGGUGCCGUGUUAAAAGCCAAGAUUGAACUUCUACUAAAAAUCAUCGCCACCCAUUUGCAAAUCAAAUUCUUCGUCGUUGCUGUCAUCGGUUUGAUUGUGAAUAUAGCGAGAUUCUGGGUGGAUUUGAAACGUGGCCAAACGCCACAAAAGGUUGUAUACCUCGAAAAUGCACAUCAUCAGCACGUUUACGAAGAUAGCCAUGACGAUAGCUGGGGCAGUUCGGGCAGUUCGGGCAGCUACUGGAAACGAUCGUUGCCCAUCGAAAAUAAUAGUGCCGAAAAUGUGCCAGUUACAUCGAGUUCCGAUCGAGUCAAUCAGGUUAGCUACAGCACAGCAGUUCGGCAACCGGUCAAUGUCAAACAAACGGCCACAUAUGGUGUCAGCGCCAGUGCUAGCAGCUAUCGCCAACCAACAACAUAUGAAGAAUACAAUGCGAGUCCACAGCUUGCUCAAUACACCGAUCCACAUAGCAUCGUGUACAGUCAACAAAUGCCACAACAAACUUAUAGCCUUAAUUAAUUUAAACAACGAACCCAAACAACAGAGAGAAGACAUUUGAAAGAAGAAAAAAAAACAACAACUCAAUAAGAAGAAAUUAUAUGGGAAAAAUUUCACACAAUCUAACUGCCCAAUUAAUCCCGAAAAAAUAAACAUCAAAUCAUUUUCUACUGAAUUCGUUGAUUGGCGAAGCUCGAAAAUAAAUGAUUUCCUUUCAUUUACCUGUAACUUAGUGUUAGAUAUUUAUUUAUUUAUCUAUUUUUGUUUUGCUUUGUUCGCUUGUUUAUUUAUUUAACUAAAAUAAAGACAAUUUGAUACUAUG